AUGUGCUACACUUGGCUGCCUCCUGAUGUCAGAUGGCAUAAGAAAAAUGUUAACAUCAUCAUGACGACAUCCUCCACCAUUCUGGCUUUGAUAUUAAUGCCGCUGUGCCUGUGGAUCUACAGCAGGCACUGGAUUAACACAACACUGGUCCAAUUUCUACCAUUUGGAGCCAUGAGCCUGACUCUUUGUAGCACUCUUCUGCCUAUUGGUCUAGGCGUUUUUAUACGCUAUCGGUACAAUAGGAUUGCUGAUGUUGUGCUAAAGGUUUCUCUCUGGUCUCUGCUGGUUACUCUGCUUCUCCUUUUCAUCCUCACGGGAGCCAUGUUGGGCCCGGAACUACUGGCUACCAUUCCGCCCGCUGUGUAUAUCGUGGCAGUGAUUAUGCCUAUGAUAGGCUACACCAUGGGAUACGGCUUAGCCACUUUAUUUAAUCUGCCUCCAAACUGCAGGAGGACUGUGUCUCUGGAGACUGGCUGUCAGAAUGUCCAGCUGUGUACAGCCCUUCUAAAGCUGGCCUUCCCUGCUCAUCUCAUAGGCAGUAUGUACAUGUUCCCAUUGCUGUACGCUCUAUUCCAGGCUGCAGAGGCCGGUAUUUAUGUCUUGGUCUAUAAACUCUAUAGGAAGGAAGUUCUCCAGAAAUCUGAGCCAUCUGAGGAUGAAGACACAGAUAUUUCAUAUAAAAAACUAAAAGAGGAAGAGAUCACUGAAAUAUCUUAUGGCACAGUCAACAAUGAAGAGCAAAAUUCGGUGCCAAAGGAGCCCACACUGGGACUGCAUUAG